AUUUUGAGAUCAGUGAGAUGACCACCCACCAAAACCCAAAAGGCACAGUGACCCACGCCCGCGAUCAUUGAUGAACUUUAAACUUCGCUAAUGCCUUCCUUUUUUCAGGUGUAAAUAGCCGGGUGGAAUUGGUACCCUUGCACUGGACUUACGCCCGGAACGGCGCUCUGCGCCGUUGGCUCGGGGAUAACAAAGUCAGGAAAACUUUGUCAGAGGACGGUUCGCUAUAAACGUAAGCUAAACUACUAUUGUCGCGAACAUUUUUAUGUAAAUUAUUAGUAAGUAAUAGCAUGGUUUCUCGUGAAAUUUGGAUAAACAUGCACUCGUGAGUUUUUCAAAGACCUCAAAUAGCACUCGUCCUUUGGACUCGUGCUAUUUUGAGGUCUUUAAAAAACUCACUCGUGCAUGUUAUACCAAAUUGCAUUCGAAACCAUGCUAUUAAAUAUGGUAAAUAUAUUAAAUAUAGCAUGUUAAUUACGAAGAGGAGUAAAAUAUAAUAAAGAUAGUAUAAAGCAGGAUUAAUUUUGUCCUAACUUAGUACGCGGUGAAUGGGUUGCUAAAGGCUUCACAGUGGUUGGUGUAUUUUUCUCCCCUAUAACUAAGGUCACUGAGGUGUGAUUUCUGAAUUAACACGCAGUUGUUUAAAUAGAAUUUCGACUUUAAUAAAUGCAUGUAAGAAGACCAAUAGAGUUUGACUUUACCAAACACCGCAGUUGCAAAUAGGCGGUAAGUUCAACUUCGAAUUGAUCUAUACCGCGAAGUAAUAACAAUGAGCUGAUCACGUGGUCAGCUUUUAACGAUUGUGAUUGGUUACUUUUCAAGAAUGUCUAGAUGUUUCGGUAUCUUAGCAACAGCCACUCACGCUUGUCCACGCGUUAUUCAUUCAUUGUCUAUACCAUGAGUCUCUUCGUGUACCACAUAAACACAAGUGCUGAAGGAAGUUGUCCUCAUAUGUGCUCCUGUUCGCUGUAAGUCACAACUGUACAAUCAACAACGUGGCAGACUAGCUACUUUUGGACAUAAAUUCAGGUAAAUUCUAAUCUCGGUUGUUCAGUUUGUGCAAUACCUUAGAAGUACCAUUAAUACUUCUUAUAUUAUUUAAUAUUGCACUUUUUCAGAUUCUUUUCAUGCAUCAUGAAUUUUAAAGCUUUACUCGUUGUUUUGACUGUCGUUUGUCAGGUAAGCUGUUCUAAUACAAAUUUUAGUUUUCACGCUACUAGUUACUUCAAGUUUCUGCCCCAUGGCUAUGCAGCAGUAGCUGCGAGUCCACUGGGAAAGAAUAAAUACGAGAGACUGGUACAACACUAUUUUAUUCAAGACGUAUACAAUAUAUGCACGAUCUAACCAUGCUUAUUUCAGCAGUGAGUUUUAUACCAUGUCCGUUUGGUUGAACCACGUUUAAGUCAGUACUGAGUUUUUACAACAGCAGAUCACUUUUAAAGUAGCUAUCAUUCACAGCAAGGACGUGUAUUUCCAUGGGCAUUGCAUUAUCUAACCAUGCCAGUUAACUUGCACGGGGCCAACGUGCAGCCUCACUAGUCAGUUAACUCGGCCUUUUCCGGCUUAGCUGCCCUGUAAAAUAAGGUAUUAUCGUAGUGACAAAAAAUAAUCAUCUGAAGAAUUAUGAGUUGGCUAUCUUUUUACGAGCAAAUUCUUUAACUGUUGGUAGGCAUGAACAGAAUAAUCAAUUUUUGCAUGAAACUUAACGAUAGAGCCGAUAUUUUACAUGCAACGCAGUUCGCGUUUUUUCAAGUCCCAACUUAUUGUCGUAUGUAAAUAUUUUAAUUACGAAGCUGAGACGGAAAUAAAUAAGACAAUGCAUUACGACAGGUGGGGGGUAAUGUUAGUUGAAAUUCAUGCAUACAGCGUAAAAUAGCAGCCGAUAAUAAUACAAUUACAUGACAUAGUUAAUAGAAUAGAUGUUUUGGAAACUUAUUUGAAUAACAAUAUAACUCAUUAUCUAUGUUAGUCAACGUUUAUUUAUAAAUCUGGUCGUUCACCGUUACGUGCGUAUAGUGUGACGCGCGAAAGCGGACAAAAUUACUUUUCCGAAAUAUAUAUGACGUCACUGAUCAAAUAUAAAGCAACAACACAAAUACAGUAGGAAUUGCCGUAUAUAUAUAUAUAUAUAUAUAUAUAUAUAUAUAUAUAUAUAUAUAUAUAUAUAUAUAUAUAUAUAUAUAUAUAUAUAUAUAUAUAUAUAUAUAUAUAUAUAUAUAUAUAUAUAUAUAUAUAUAUAUAUAUAUAUAUGUAUAUAUGCAUAUAUAUGCCUAUAUAUAUAUAUAUAUAUAUAUAUAUAUAUAUAUAUAUAUAUAUAUAUAUAUAUAUAUAUAUAUAUAUAUAUAUAUAUAUAUAUAUGUGUGUGCUAAUUCUUUAAUAUAAAACAUGUUCUAUAAUAUGGUAUAAAACAUGUUCUAUUAUAUGGUAUAUAAUUAUAUACCGUAUAUAUCAUCGUUUUUAAAUAUGAACAAUGUUGCCGAUUAUUUAGCGUCUUCCCUCAUAUAUAUAUAUAAACAGUAUUGGAAUAUAUAAAUCACAUCACAUAUAUAAACCUUAAACAAUGUUCCCAUAUAUAAAUCACCUCGCAUGCCAAAUCUAUAAAGGAUGGUUACAAAGCGUUUGCUUUAACCGAAUUAUAUGAAGUACUGCUUAAACCAAUAAACAACGUCUUGUAUAAAGUGCAGGCGUCUUUUCACUCGACGUUGAGUUUAAGUGGUCAUGGCUGACAAGCAUAAUUAUGCAAAUUUUGGCUAAAUUUGGGUGAAAGCAGUUACCAGUGUUGCUGAUCGUGGCAUAUCACAGGGAUAGAAUAGCGAGGGAAAUAGUUCGGUUAGUGUUGAAGAAACAAUAAAGCGGUUGUUUCCAUCAACAGAGGGUGGUCAAGGCGCAAACGCAAAAAAAAAUACAGUGCUAGAAAAGCGUGCCGUGGAACAAGAAAGGAAUGAAAAUCUUAUUCAAUUCGAAAAUAUUACAAAUAUUUUCCCCAUAGCCAUCCAUCUCAAUAAUAUUUUGUGGCGUUUGCACCUUGACUGCUUGACAGCCCUCUGUUGAUGGAAAACAACCGCUUAAUUUUAUUCUUCAACACUAACGAAACUAAGUUCCCUCGCUAUUCGAUUCCUGUGAUGUGUCACGAUCAGCAACAUUCCAUGCCGGUAACUGCUUUUAUUAAAUUUGCCAAAAUGCGCAUCAAACUCAACGUCGAGUAAAAAGACGUUGUUUAUUGGUUUAAGCAGUACUUCAUAUAAUUCGGUUAAAGCGAACGCUUUGUAACCACCCUUUAUAUAUUUGGCAUGCGAGGUGAUUUACAUAUGGGAACAUUGUUUAUAUAUGUGAUGUGAUUUAUAUAUUCCAAUACUGUAUAUAUAUAUAUAUAUAUAUAUAUAUAUAUAUAUAUAUAUAUAUAUAUAUAUAUGGGGCUACGGUGGCCAAGUGGUUAGCGCACUUGCCUUUCACCUCUGAGGCUGCAGGUUCGAAUCUCACUAAGUACUUUCUCGGUGCGACUCGAACCCAGUCCCCAUGUGAAAAGAGUAAAAGUCAACGCUCUGCCGAACGCCGUGGGUUUUCCCCGGGUACUCCGGUUUCCUCCCACAGGGAAAAGUUGACAGGGUGGGUUAGGUAAAAAGGGCCCACAGUAAUUGGCAUAUGCUGUUGUGGUGACCCUGCCUUAGUUGGCGAAGCUAAUAAAAACAAAAAAUAAAAACAAAAAUAUAUAUAUAUAUAUAUAUAUAUAUAUAUAUAUAUAUAUAUAUAUAUAUAUAUAUAUAUAUAUAUAUAUAUAUAUGAGAGAAGAUGUUAAAUAAUCGGCAACAUUGUUUAUAUUUAAAAACGAUGAUAUAUAUAUUUAAGAACAUGUUUUAUAUUAAAGAAUCAGCACACAUAUAUAUAUACGGCAAUUCCUACUAUAUUUGUAUUGUUGUUUUAUAUUUGAUAUUGACGUCAUAUAUAUUUCGGAAAAGUAAUUUUGUCCGCUUUCGCGCGUCAUAGUAUUGUAUUUUUGCCUAACUAACCAAUAGCAAUAUCUUAGAAAAGUUACCUCUCCGGAUCCGUGACUCGAACAAUGGGGUAAAUUGGAAAUUGCUAUUGGUGGAUUUGGAAAAAAUACAAUACACACGUGACGGUGAAGUACCAGAUUUAUGAAUAAUCCUUGACUAACAUAGAUAAUGAUUUAUUGUUAUUCUAAUGAGUUUCCAAACCAUCUAUCCUAUUAACUAUGAGCCAUAAAACCAUAUUUAGCAUAUAUCCGUUUUAUUGACUGGCUAAGUGAAUUCUACCCUUGCCGUUGAUUGGCUAGCUAAGGUCACCACUUCAAUACGAUUGGUUUUAAAAUGAUGAGAUUACAACUCAUGCUGAUGCCGAGCAAAGCUCGAAAUUAAUAGUGCGAUUACAGCUCUAAAAUAGUGCGAUUUGGACUGUAAUCCCACUAUUUUUAGCCAAUCAGAUUGCUCGAAUCGUGCAUGAUUUCAAGUUAAUAUAAUAAACACUAAAAUCAAAUAUACGUUGCAUGGCGUGGCUUAGCAAGAUUGAAAUGUAGAAAUUUUUGACAUUUACUGUUUUAUAAUAUAUGCAACAUCCACACUCAAUUCGGUGUUUGAUUUUUUAAGAGCAAAUUAUGUCUAUAACCAUACUUAAUUCAGCAGUGAGUGCUCCUGACAACAUCAUACCACUUUAGGGUAGUUACUGCAUAUAUACUGUCAGGUCUAGCCAUGCUUAUAAGAUUACGCGGUAAAUUUAAACAACAUUUGAUCACCUAAUAAAUUGGCGUAACUGAUAUUCAAAAACAUGUACUAACCUUGUAUAAUCUUGUCAUGCAUGCUAAACUUAGGACAUGGUACAAGGACGUGCUGCAUGGGGUCUUGAAUAGGACGACGAAUCAGGAACGUCUGAUGGGAGCCCUGCCCCAGUGACGGAUGGAUCUAGAUUGGGGUGGGGGUAUUGCUGAUAGAAAAUAAAACAUUUAAAAUGCUAAUUAUUCUUCCCCCCCCCCAAAAAAAAAAGGUGGCGGUGUGGAAGGGGAGUAAAAUAAUUUCCGAGCAUUCCAUUUUUCAGUAACCGUAAUUUUUUUAGUAAUAUUUUCGUCAAUAAAGAUUUUCAAAAUAUAAAUUGUAAUAUCUUAAUCUUGAUUUUCAAAAUUAAAAGCUAUAAUUUUUAUCUUUUACAAUGUUUUAAUUUUAGGGGCCCAUGGUGGCAGGGGUCUACAACAAGUUCUUGUCGGCUCAUCCUGAGUAGUCCCUAGCCAGCACGUCCCUAACAUGGUACACGGCAACUUAGGGUUGCCACAAUUAUGAUUACAUCUUAGACCAACACAGAAAAAUCAUUAUCUUGAAGGUCAUUUAAAAAAGCGUUCUUACAAGUUUCUUAGCUCUCAGUCUUGAGCUGGAAUUGAGGCCGUGUCGUCGUGUUUGCCUCGUUGUCGUCUCUAAAUCUGUCUAAUACACACGUAAAAACGCACAAGUUGUUACAACUCUGCAAAAAAAUUGUUACAAAUCUGUUUACAAUUGUCUUCGUACUGCUUGUUCCCAUAUUUGUUUGGAACAAGCUGUUGACAACUCAGUUGUGAGUUGUAACAUGCUUGAUAGCAUUAUCAGACUUGUCAUAAGGUUGUUCUAACAAGUCUGAUACAGUCGUGAUAAACAAGAAUGUUACCAGGUUGAUGACACAAGGUUGUAACAAUUCUGCUGUAUCAUGACUGCUUGAACUGCUUGUUACAAGAUGUGAGAUUUUUGCGUGUGUUGUAGACCGAAUUUCAAUGCAGAUUCUUAUACCCUCUAGUUCUGUGCUGUGUUCUUAAGUUUUGUCUUUUAUUGUAUUUUUAAAUCACUGUAUAAUUAAAUGGUUUGAUUGAUACAUUUCAGACUAACGAAGCGGCAUGGAUCGUGCGACGACUCAGAAACGUGACAGCACAAAGUUGUCUCGACUAUCUAAAACGAGGUGUUAAAACCAACGGUUUCUAUAGUAUCAAAAACUACGGAAAGGACGGAUGGGUCCACGGCACAGUUUAUUGUGACUUUGAGUCCGAGCCAGGAUUUGCGUGGACUUUGGUCGAAUCAUUUGCAUUGAAAAACAAAUUGCUGCCUGCGUUUUUCAUCCAUCCACUCAAAGUCAAUGCCACUGUGAACCCCAACUCUCCGAACUGGAAUCUUUUCCGAAUGUCCUUCCUACAAAUGAGUAGAUUAAGAGCACAAUCAACUCACUGGAGAGUCACUUGCUCUUUCCAAACAAACUCUGUUGAUAUUUACCGAGAUUAUGCCAGGACAAGCUUCAAGGAGUUUGACGUAUUGGAUUAUGUGGGUGAUAAUGUAUGUAAGAAGAUGGAGUACAUCAAUAUCCGCGGUCAACAGUGUACACAAUGUACGGUAGGUUGGAUUGCAACGCUCAACAAGUUUGCCCUUCAUAUUGACGGUCCAGCUUCGACAUCUUGUCAGUUCAAGCCAGGGAAAGAUGCUGUAGUCACUGAAGAUAACUUCGGUCAUUACUGGGCAAUCAAUAAGAAAUUUCGUUGUACCACAUCGCCUGAUGCCACAACCAACUAUUGGUUCGGUGGUUUUUAUUAAAUACUUGUUGCAUGACUUACAUUUCUCUUGUUCUGAAACAUGUUAACGUAUAAUUAUAUUCAAUCAAUACCUAUAUGAUGUUAAUUUACUAGUUAUAUUCUUACUUCCUAAGGCUAAGAUUUGUAAGUUGACUCGUAUAGUUUUUAAAUGGUAAACUGUCAAUAUUAUCGUAAACGAUCAUUUUAUUCGUAAUUUUAAUGCUAAGUGUAAAAAAAGCUUUGAGAUAAUGAUUUUGGUUGCAUUUCUUUGUCUGUUUUUUUUUCCUUUUUUAUCAAUGUUCAACAAGAGAGUUAAUUUAUUAAACAUUCCAUGGAUAGUCUGGAUAAGCCUAC